AUGAAUGACGAAAAAAGGCAGAACGACGAUGUUAAUGAGGAAGCUGACAUAUCGUACGAAGAAGUAAAUUUCGAAAACCUCGCUCUCGUACAACUGCUGCAAUGCUUCCGAGUGUCGAUCGAAGUGAUCAACAAGUUUCUUGUAAACGGAUAUGAUUUGGAAUCUCUCAAAAUUAUUGAAAGACAAGAAAUUGAGGAACUUCUAUGUGAACCGUACCUCGGAGAUAGGACAAAGAUUAUCCAUGGAUUGAAUUUUUGGAGAAAAUCACAGAAUCUACCGACCGUGUCCUCUCCACUGAAGUCACUUCAUAAUCUAACCCAGAUUAAAAAUCAACCGGAAAACAUUAAACGAGAAAGUCUUUCAGCACAAUUCCUUGUUAAUAAUUCUGCCAGAGGAAAACAAAUCCUUGAGAACUACAGCUCAUUACAUAUUCUGACAAAAUCACACAAGAAAAUAAUAACACAUAUUGUGGUUGACGAAUUCAAAGACAACUUCGGCAAACUCUCCCAUAAUGAACUUCUGAGUCGAGCAUCUGAGUUGAAUGAACUAUUUCCAUCUGAAUCAAAGGACUCUUGGUACCAGCCAACAUUUUCAAUAAUCGCAGGGAAAAAAAUCAGAAUUGGACGACUGCCGAAAGGAUGCCUUUAUGACAGAAAUUGUAAUUACACUAAUCCCAAACCGAUGCAACCGAAAUCAAACGAUAGUGAAAAUAUUACACCAUCAAGUCCGUUCUCAGAUGUCGAUUGGGUUAAGUAUCAACAAGCGAAGACGUGGAUCAGACAUCAUCAAGACGAAUGGCCUGCUGUAAUGCAAAAAUGGGCAUCAACUAGCACUUUUCGAGUUUUCGAAAUAUCGAAGAUAGAGCAACGGUCGUCCCGAAUCGAUUUCGACUCAAAGUUUCCAACAAAAAGUUCUGCUCUAUUCGAUAAAUGGAAUGAAUUUAUCAUAUCAGUGAAACCUAUUAUCGAGGCAGAUGUGACUGAUAAGUCUGGUAAAGUGAUUCUUAGUUUGCUGGAAGGUGAAUUGAACGAAGAUUGCCGGGAUGCUACAUACUCGUUGCUGAUUCCAUACAUUCUACCGUGUGCUAUACUAACCCUCUCGAAUAAAUCAAAGUGGAAACCCAGUUACAUUGAAAAUCGUAAUAGUUUUGUGUUUUGGGUGAAGAAUAUAACGGACUUACAAUCGAAAGUAGAAACCCACCACAAGUCACGUUCUAAGAAUACGGGAAUGCAACAGUGUCCAUUGGUGAUCGUCGUUGGACCUGAUUUAUCAACGUUGAACAGUUUCCUCGUAUCCUUUGGAGGCGCUUUUUACCAGCUACCCACCUUCCUGAAGGCGUUGGACAUUUGCUACAAACUCUACAAGAUCUACAACUUGUCAUUUGCUCCGGAAUGUGCAGGAUCUUGGAAUCUUCUUAAUUACGUUAUUUACGGGUUCCAGCUUGAAAGCGCUUGUAGAGCGAAAAUAAUUUCGAUCAGUAGUGUGAUCAACGCCAGAAGUUAA